CUUCUCUAUUUUCGUUCCCCUUCAUUCCUUCGUCAUUUCUCCCACUUCCAUUCUCCCAAGUCCCAACGUAUCUAACAGAAUUUACAGUUCUCAAUUCACAGCCCUAUUGUCAACAGGUUGUGUCAAGAAAUAUUUCACACAAGGAAUGUAUAUUUCAACGAAGUUAAUUGCUGUCAUUUUUAAUUCAGUGCUACAGUGUUUUACUACGUUUUAGAUCAUUUUUCUUGUGUUUUCCGUAGUAUUUGUUUUAUACUAUUUACAAAACAACGUUUCAUGUUGUUGCCUUUAAAAAAGUGUUACAAUAUGUAGUCGUAAAGGUUUUGAGAGGUUAUAAGUUUUUGUAAUACCAUAUUUACUUUUUUUAAAGACAUAUCUUAUCAAUUUCUGUUUUAUUUCUUACAAUUCGAACAAUAUUCACGACUAAAAUGGGAUCUGAGUCAGUGUUUGAUGGAAUAAUACUACAUACUACACAAAAAGGUCUGCUGGAAAUCAAAAAUGAACUGUUGGAAACGAUUGUGAAGCAUGAACCUAUCACCUCAACAUACGAUGUUGAACAUACUCCUUUUGCCAGGGGGAAAUUUGCAGCUGUUAGACGCUGUACUCAUAAGGUGACAGGCCAGUCGUAUGCGGCCAAAUUCAUCAGGAAACGCAGACGAUCCAUGGAUCACAGGCAGGAUAUUCUACAUGAGGUGGCCGUGCUGUAUAUGGCUUCAGUCGGACGUUGUGCGAAGAUAGUCGGACUACAUGAGGUGUAUGAGACUCAGCACGAAGUGGCAAUUGUGCUAGAACUGGCCUCAGGCGGAGAACUGCAAAGGAUAGUAGAUGUUCAGGAUGGUCUGUCAGAGAAGGAAGCUGUGCAUGUAAUGCGGCAGAUAAUACAGGGUCUCGUCUUCCUACAUCAAAACAAUAUCGCACAUUUGGACUUGAAGCCUCAAAACCUGCUGUUGACAACCGAAUACCCGGAAAUGGAUGUGACGCUUUGUGAUUUCGGAAUUUCAAGGGUAAUUCAAGAUGGAGUCGAAGUAAGGGAAAUACUAGGAACGCCAGAUUAUGUCGCUCCAGAAGUGCUGAGCUACGAGCCGAUCUCGCUGGCGACCGACAUCUGGUCGGUGGGAGUGCUGGCCUACGUGCUGCUGAGUGGCCACUCGCCGUUCGGCGGCGACAGCAAGCAGGAGACGUUCUGCAACAUAUCGCAGUGCGCGCUCUCAUUCCCCGUCGACCUGUUCGGCCAGACCAGUCACAGCGCCAUGCAUUUCAUCAGGGCUGCACUCAGGACUGAUCCUCGAUCAAGACUAACAGUCGAAGAAUGCCUGACACAUCCCUGGCUGACCGGAGCCCAGGUGGAACUGCCUCUAAACUUUGUUGAUGAUCUGGAACUGAAUGGCGACGAAGAAACCGAUCAAGAAGGCUGUGGCAGUGAAGAAAAAGGCGCCACUUCCAGUGCCCAGUUUGCGCGCGAAACUCCAACUCGUCACGUGACAGCUACCACGUGUCUCUCUUGUGGAGCUGCCACACAGUGUUGCCAACUCCACAACACAAGAAGGAGCAGUGUUGCCAAUUCGCCAGUGGUUGAGAUUGUUCACGACCGCGGGAUUAUUUGUUAAAGCAGAAUGCAUUCUUUAAAGCUUAGAGGUUAUGUGUUUGUGUUUUGGUGCUUUAACUUGAAGUGCUGCAAUGCAGUGUUGCCAACCUCAUCAUACAUGCUAGAGCAGUUUGCCAAUCUGCCGCUGGUUGAGAUUGUCCAUGAUUGCUGGAUUUGAGCAGGAUGUAUUUUACAGAACGUAUAAUCAUGUUUUAAUUAUAUUGAUUAUUCAGUUGGUAGUCCUGGUGUGGUGCUGCCUCCACUGUACACAAUUUUGGGUUUAUUUUUGUUGAAGAAAAACAAAUUUUUGAUCAAAUCAAAGUAGUUAUUGAACAAGUUGGCAACCCGCUUGGGAAAAAAUAUAUAGCCUAGUUUCAAUAGUUUGUAACAACUGAGGUUUUAUAAGUCUCAGGUUUUAAACUUGGUGCUUCAUUUUAUCUAAUUACUUUUCUGGUUCACAACAAGUGUAACCCUUGUUUCAAAAAUUGGUACAUCUUUUCUACUAGCUGGCAACAUUUUAGAAGUUGGUAGACCUGUUUCGCCUAGUUGACAACACUGUAUAAAAGUUGGUUACUUUUUAGAAGUUGGUAGACCUUAUUUAAGUGAAUACCUUGUUUUAUUAGACAACAACCAGAAAGAGAAAAAUUCUCAUUAUUAAAAGAUGAAAAGAGAAAACAUGUGACAACUGGAGGAUUGUAAAUUGAAAAGUUUUUAUGAAUAAGUUCAUCAAUAAUUGUCUAUAAAUCUAUGAAAAUUAAAACGAAUUUUUAUAAAAUUUAAAAAUAAAAGAUAAUAUCGAUGGUCAGUUUUGGUGCCUUAUAAUGUUAUGGUGCUUAAUUUCAUCAGGUACUGUAGUAAAAAAAUGAAUGAUUUUGAGGCCCUUCUCUCAAAUUUAACCAUGGAUUAAUAUGAUGGCAUAGCACUGUCAAUAGAGUAGUUCAUUUGUUCAGUUAGAUGACGUCACACUUAAUCACGGUUAAAUUCAAUAGACCACCAAGAAUCUUAAGUUUGUAUUUUUAUCGAAUCGGCUGUCAUCUAGACUAGAAGGAAGAAUUUUAAGAACUGUAGUAGUAAAAUAUUCUUAAUUUUGCUUGGUAAAUUCUAGUGCUUUUUGGUGCUCCAUCUCUUGUUUUACUCUAAUAUUUAUCAAUAGGUGAGCCCGGUUUCACAAUUUUACAUCAAACAAACAUCUCACCAAUAGUUGUUGAAUUAUAAACGAUUAUUUGCAAAGUUUUGAGGUUGAUGAUAUUAACUUGGUGUUUUUGCAUAAAUGUCAGUUUUUAUGCCCUUUUUAUGAGUAACACCUUUUAGAAUCUACUUUUUCAGUUUUUCAAUAUGAAAUAAUAGAAAUGAGAUCAUACAUUUUAUUUGUCAAAGCUCAAAAUGCUCCCAAAUGUGUCUAUUUAAUUGUUAAUACUUGUAAUUUUAUUUUUGAUUCAACUUUUCCAACAUUCAUUACAACUUUCAAUUUUGUUCGUUAUUUUUUUAAUCAUUUACAAAAAUAGCCCUCUUAUCUUAUUUUCAAAUUCUACAAUAUUUCAAUUCAUGUUUCGUUUUUGUUCAACGACAGAAGUAUUAUUAUUUUUAUCAUUUCCCAAAUGCUCUUGUCAUUUUAUUUUUUGUAUUUUAAAUGUAAAACUUUCUAAGCUUCUAAGAUUUUUCUUAAUCAAACAACGAAUUAUGUUUUAAAUCUAAGAUUUUUUUAAUCAAACACAACGAAUUAUGUUUUAAUUGUUUGCACCGACUGUAGCACAUUUUAAGUAAUUUUCCCAAAAAAAAACUUGAUGAAGAUCAAUUUUGUAUUGUAAUCAUGAACUACUAUUAACAGCCAUCAUUGGAAAUCAAUAAUAUAUUGGUUGAAGCUACACAUUUUCAUCUUCAUUAAGUCUUACGCAUGUCAUUGCGAAUCGUCUGCCGUUGCGGAAAGUUUAUUUUAAUUAUUUAACCACGGCUUAAAAUUGUCCCGCGAGAUUCGCAGUGUUAUAAGGAAGGCUCUAAAAAUGAAAUGCCUUCUAAAUACUUUAUCGUUUCCUUCACAUUUCCCUUUUCUUGAGUUUCAUUGGAUACAAUCUUUCUCCCUUCAACUCGAACAGAAUUUUCAUCUUUUUUUCAUCAAAUCAUCCAAAUAACUUAUCAGUAUUUUCCCUAAUUUUAAGCUCUUGUGUGAAAUAAAGUGAAAAUUUCAACAAAUUUGUAAAUAGCCUUAUAAGGUAUUGUUGAAAUUAAUUUUUUGUAAAAAAUUGUAAAUUUGUCUGAGCAAUUUUGUCUGUUUUCCUAAAAGAAAAACGAAAAUCGCCAACGAAGUUUUGCAUUUUUGACUUUACAGGGUAGUUUUAGUUUUGAUUUUGUGAUGUAAAAAUUAAUAAAGAUUCAUUUAUUUUAACUUUAA